CUUCCAUUACAUCAGCAGAAACGCCUCACACAGAACAAGGAAGGAAGGAAGGGUGUUGCCUCUUGUCGACGAGUGGCGAGCUAAAAACUCGACGUUUUGAGGUAAUGAAGGUCGAUAUUCUUCCUCUCGUGUGUUGACCUGAGAACAUGGAGAAACUGACCGGGUGUUGGCUACUGAUGGCGGCGCUGAACUUCGCUCUAGCCCAGGACAAGGUAACCCCGACAUACUUCAAGGAUGGCGGGGAGCUAACGAUGGUCGUGAGGCCUACUUCUUCUGAACGUCUCUACAACAUCCUGUGGAAGAUUAACGGUGACCUGUUGGCUGAGUGGAUCAAAGAUCAAGUCACAGGUGAAGAUUUGGUUCCUUUGACUUAUUACAGAACCUUUAUUGGCCGCACAGCCCUGAAUUUAACCACUGGACGUUUGGUAAUCAGCAAAAUGACUAAAGCUGACAUGGGGGUGUAUUCAGUGGAAGUCAACAACAAGGUCCAGAAUGAGAAAUAUAACGCUGUAUUGAUCAAAGAAGUCCCCCAGCCUGAUAUAUGGAUCAGACCGUUGACCUGUUCCCCCGAUUCGGACCGUUGUACGCUGGUCUGUCACGGAGAGGUCAAAGACGCUGGACCGGUCAUCUACAGCUGGAAGAAGGAUGGAGGAGAGUGGAAGGAGUCAGGAAAGGACUUGGACAUCACCAAGAGUGGGACAUCAGAUGUGAAGACCUUCACCUGCCGGAUACAGAACCCAGUCAGCGAGAGAGAGAGUAAACCCAAAGAUAACCCGUUCUUAGAGAAGGAGGUAGGUGGCUCUGGAGUUGGGGCUGGCAUCAUAGUGACCGUCCUUUUGGCUGUGGCUGUGGCUGUGGGUGCGGCUGUUACUGGUACGUUAUGGCAUUUCAAGAAAGGCCCCUUCAAGAAUAAAGGUGACAAUGGACAGUCCUCAACAGACAAGUCAAGAGAACUAGAUAAAUUAAACGCGAAGCCAGACGGCACUGAUGCUACAGAUGAAAAUGGACAGCCACCUGCUACUUCUGGUAACAAUGCAGAUGAUCGACUACAUAAAGACCCCCCGAAUCCAGACGCCUAAGGAACUGAUUGAAGUGUGGAACUGUGUCUCAUGGAAAUAUGAUCUGAUACAGACUCAGACUGCUUUUGCUGGCUGCACACAUUUUUUUUUAAAGCAUUCAGCUGUGUUCAUCAUCGAUUGUUACGUGACGCAGAGACGUUAACAAACUGGAUCCCCAAAACAGUAAGACCUUGGCUGAGAAGAGCAUGAACACAUCAUUGUUAUAUCUUCUGGUUGAACAACAGACACGAGCCUUUUUACAAAUUAUACAGCUUGCUGCUGUUUCAUUUUCGGCCUGAAAAUAUAGCCACAUGGCGCUCCUUCGUGUGUGUGUGUGUCUGUGUGUGUGUGUGUGUGUGUGUGUGUGUGUUUGUACAGUAUGUAUUUAGGGGUGUGUGUGUGUGUGUGUGUGUGUGUGUGUGUGUGUGUGUGUGUAUAUACAGUAGGUUGUUGCUAAUAAGGGCUGGUUGAUAUGUGCUGCAAUUAUACAGAUUAUUCUCAUUGUGGAUUAUUUUCUAGAUGAAUGGAUUAGUUGUCUGGUCUCUAAAAUGUCUGAAAUGAUGAUUAGUGUUUCCCCAAAGUCCCAAGAUGGCGUCCUCAAAUGUCUAAUUUUGUCCACAACUCAAAGAUAUUCAGUUUCCUGUCAGAGAGGAGAGAAGGAACUAGAACAAUAUUCA